AUGCUGAAGUACACUGAUUCUUUCGCUGAUGUUUUGGCUUGUCAUUUGCUUAUUUCCACGACAAAGUGUGAUAUCUACCAAGUCACUUGAUCAGGCCCCUUAUGCGGCAUUGCAUACGACGACUGCAUCGAAUGAAUCGAACUAACGUUCGAGUUGUUUGACAGCUAAGUAUUAAGACACUGUGUUUCGCAUAAUUUUCCGCUUUUUGAACUCUCCAGCCGCCCUCGGACCGUUGACUACAGUGUACUUCUCAGAGCUUUCUUUUACUCCUCUAGUCAACUUACAGAGCGUAAAUUUACGCACUACGGCCAUAUUUAGCUAAAAUUACUACUUUUUUCGGGCUAUACUGGGUGCACAGAGGGCCUAUUUAGAGAGGCCACCAACCUACCUGUCGCAUGAGUUUCUUAAAGAUCUGGCGUUUUGUGUCUCAUACUUCGUAGGCGAACGUUAGUACAUCUUAUCGUAAUUUUCGACUUCAGUCUUAAAACUGUUGUAAUGUGACAGUCAUUGUCGACCCAUGUAUCUGCGAAACCCCAGAACGAUCGUCUUUGCCGCUCUAAAGCGAAAACGGGACUUAAAAUACCACUGUUCAAAUUUAAUGAAUUUAGUCUUGCAUCGUUUGCGGGAGCAUGACUUGUGACACGCAAGGGAUGAAGUGAGCGGGUGUCUAGCCUCUGUACCAACGUUCACUCCCAAUCGUAUUGACCUAGUCUUAACAUUAGCAUGCGAUUGAUGUCGAGGGAGAGUGUGCUUUUGAUGAUGCCCAAGACUUCCUCCUUAGCAUUGAAGCUCACUCAAGUAACCAUUCCUCCCCCCAACCAGUGGUCUUCCCUAUCGAUCUCAACGACAAACCACUGUAUCAGCUGACGCUGACUGUUUUUCGUCAUGCCUCAGCGGAUCUGGUGGCCGAAAUGCCCUCAUUACUCGGAUAUAUUUGAUAAUACCUUCUUUCUAAGGACUAAGUUCCAAGGUUUAUUGCACUUUUGGGCACACACAGCAGGUCGCCCACGUCAUGCAUGUCAUCCAAACUUUCUUGUCCCUCAGAAGUCGCUGCUUUCGAAUAAGUUUGGGUUUAAAUAACUCAAUUACGUUGGCCAGUUCAAAUCACUCGAUACAGCGCGAUCGUUUCACUCAGCUUGUUUUUUACUGGGUUCGUCUUCUGCAUUUUCAGACUAAAUUUUGCCAGGUGUGUCUUCAGUCGGUUAGUCAGCAACAAACAUGUCCCCAUUCUCAGUCACGGUUUUUCAAACGUCCCUCUGGCCGCACGUGCGGCUGCUUUAUCGAAAGAUGGAGCUACGGUUAUCUGCUGGCAUCCUCGAGAAGACAUUCCUUAUGAAAUGACCAAAGUAAGAUGAUCUUUUCAUAGUCCAGCGUUUAUUAGGAAAUCCCAAGGAAUAUUGAUAUGACUAGAACAGCAGCCUCACCACUGAAAGUCCAGCUGCAUCGCCCGAACCCAACAAUUCAGGAAAUCGCCAAAGCCCUACAAAAGUCCACUCGCAACUUAAAACCAAGGUAACUUGCCGCUUCUCAAAUUUGUUUUCGUAGACGAAAGGAAAGAGCGUUCAACCCAUACUUUUGGGAGGACCUAAACUCACGUCGACGCCUAUAA